UGCUCCACCAGUGAAUGGGGCCUUUGUGGGGGCUGUUCGGCAUUCCAAGGGAAUUCUUGCAGGUGAGGUAAAAGGAUCCCGAUCCUGCCCUUUAGAUGACUGUUGCAGCUUAUUCUUUACGGGCUACAAAAAAAGAAAAGAAAAAAAAUUGGCAAAAUGCUACAAGAGCACUGAGCUGUUUACAGUUUCAUAUCUCUAAAGAACUGUGACAACUACCAGGGUGUGAUCCAGAGAGCAGGCAAAGUGGGAGGGAAGGAUUCAGGAUUUUUUUUUUUGCCACCAGGUGAGCAACCACACUCCUCCUGAUCUGUUCAAUAUGUUCACUGGAGAUUCUUUGAGCUCAGUCAUGUACAUUGUGCAGAUUAGGAAGAUAACUGACUUACAGGCGAACCUUUUUUUAUUUUAAUUUUCACCCCUUCUUCAGUAAAUUUCUUUAAAGCCCCAAUGCAUCCAAAAGUGUGUAGGAUCUAACAGAACUGUUAUCUGGGGUGAUUAACUGCACUAUAUGGGUGGUAUGAGUAAUACAUUGACCUCAUGCGGGCAGAUACCCAGACGCCACCCAGCAUCGCCUGAACCGGGUCGCAUCGUAAGGACCUGGUGAGACACAACUGUAUCUGCUUCAGCUCCUCUUCCCCCGCUGUUGAAACUUGUCAAGACAACGCUGCCUGCAGCAUCAUGUUGCAGACAAUCAGAGAGUGGCUGUGGUGGGAACGUCUGUGGCUUCCAGAAAAAGUCUCCUGGGCGGAUCUCGAGGACAAAGAAGAUCGUACUUAUGCCAAAGCCUCUCAACUGUAUGCUGCGGUGCCCUGUGCCCUCUGCCUGCUAGUGGUCAGAUAUCUGUUUGAAAGAUAUUUGGCCACGCCACUGGCUAAUGCGCUAGGGAUCAGAGACAAGGUGCGUCUCACAGCCGAGCAAAACCCAAUCCUAGAAAAGUACUUCUGCAGUCAAGCCCGUAACCCAUCACAGACUGAUGUUUGGUCGCUGUGUAAGAAGACCGGUUGGUCAGAGAAGAAAGUACAGCUGUGGUUCAGGAGGAGGAGGAACCAGGACCGACCGGGGCUUCGGAAGAGGUUCUGCGAGGCCAGUUGGAGAUGUGGCUUCUAUGUCUGCGCAUUCCUUGGAGGACUCUUGGCCCUUUAUGAUAAACCCUGGUUUUAUGAUCUGAAGGAGGUUUGGGCAGAAUUUCCUAAACAGUCCAUGCUCCCAUCGCAGUACUGGUAUUACAUCUUGGAAAUGGGCUUUUACCUUUCUCUGCUCCUCAGCCUAACGUUUGAUGUGAAAAGGAAAGACUUUAAAGAGCAGGUGAUUCACCAUGUAGCCACGCUGACACUUCUGAGCUUCUCCUGGAUUUCUAACUACAUACGUAUUGGAACCCUUGUGAUGGCAGUUCAUGACUCUUCUGACGUAGUGCUUGAGGGUGGGAAGUUGUUUAACUACGCCAAAUGGGAGCAGACCGCUAACGUCAUGUUUGUGGUGUUUACGCUUGUCUUCAUGGUGACAAGACUUGUUAUUUUUCCUUUCUGGCUCAUCCACUGCACCUGGGUGUACCCACUGGAGAGGUUUGACCCCUUCUUUGGCUACUAUUUCUUCAACGUCAUGUUGCUGGUUCUGCAGAUCCUCCACAUCUACUGGGCUUUCCUAAUAUCGAGAAUGGCUUACAAGUUUAUCUUCAGCAAGCAACUGGACGGCGAUGUCCGGAGCGACGAGGAAGAGGAUGACAGCGACUCGCCAAAGGAUAUAAAUCACAAACUGAGUCACAUGAACGGUGCCAUGAAUGGUGCCAGAGGCCGCGCCAACGGUCACUGACUCACGCAGAGGAUAAGAGGAACAUCGACAGCAGACUGAUGGACGUUUUCUACUUGGAGUACUUCAAUUAGCAAUUUAAAAAAAAAAAAAACAGAGGGCAAUUGCUUUUGAUUGAACUGUGAAGGAACCUGAAAAGUGUGAUUUUAUUUUAGUCCCAAUAUAUAUAUAUACAGGAAGAGCUCUUUAAUCUGUUUACUUGUAUUUUUAUGUGAGGGUACAAACUGGCAUGAUCAUAAAAAAACAAGGGUGAAGUCA